GCAGAUGAGAUUAAUCGUGUUCAAGGCUCGUCGGUCAUCGGUCGAUCCCGCGGCCAUGUUCAAUGUAAACCAAUAAUUGAAUUAGUGUAGUGUGGAAUUACCAGUUAUUCGCGAUUCGCGAGUUUUUCGCAAACAGUAAAAAAGAAAAAAAUGUCACGAUCAUUGAAUGUAAAGAAAAAGUCGCUUUUGAAAAUCGAGGACAGUCUAGAAUUCAACAAGGAAAAUGUGAGCGUUACUUCCAACCAGUUUAAGGAGCAGGACUCCCCAAAAAUCGGAGAAUUACGAGAAGCUUUUGAAAAAAUGGCAAUCGAUGAACCACGUCCUCCAAGGAAACGAAGGGUUCUGACUAAACCAAAUGCAAUUUAUAACAAUAUGGAAGUCACGAAGGAAAAUCAUAAAGAAAAGGAGAAGAAUAAAAGCCGCCAAGCCAGAACAAUAGAGAAAUCAUUGAAUAAGAAAGAGCCCACAGGUGCCAAUAAAACUGAUAGUAAGAGGAUGGUUAAAAUAAAAUCCGUAAAUAAAAUAAAAGAAACAGAGCAAUCUUCGUGCGAGAAAAAAGAUAAAAAACGAACUAAUGUUCCGUCUACAAGUACUGAUUCAUUUCUAGAAAGUAAAGUUAAAGGGAAAUUGCCGAGAAAGAGAGUCGCUAACAAUGAUAAAUCAAAUAAUAAUGAGUUUCCGAUGAAAAUCCCAAUCCCGAGAAAAUCCUCGGCUGAUAAUUUGACAUCAGCUCCAAUGAAACGCGGACUGAGGUCAACAACCGGGAACAAGGAUUCUUCCAUGCCCUCUACAUCCAUUGUAAACAAAAAUAAUCCGAAAGCUAACAAAGAAGAAAUGAAUUCAACGAAAGCACAGGUGACUAAUAAAACGAGAAAGUCGGAAUUAACCAGUCAUAAAAGUGCUUCAUGGAAAAUCCAUAAAAUCGAAGUGCCCACUCUACCGAGUUAUUCCAAUAAUAACGUCAGCAUGCCACAAUCUACCAAUUCUAUGAAACCAAAAGAAAAAGGGAAAGCCCCAACAAGCUCUGAGAAAAGUCCUACACCUCAGCUCGCGUCACCAACACUCGCAUUACUAAAACGCGAAAAACCAUCACCUCAGUCUCCUGUUGCGUCAGUAUCUGUAAAGCUAGAAUGCCGAAGAUUAUCGCCGGCUGUAUCAACAACGAUUCUCGCUGCUGUUGACAUGAACAAAUGCGAGAAGUCAACAACACAUGAACGAGAUAUUUUCAAUAAUAAGCCAGCAAAUAAAAAAGAGCUCAGAAAAGGUGCCGAUUCCCACUCCACCUCAUUGAUUCAAAAUGUGGCGGGAGAAAAAUUUGAGAAAGAUCGUGAAUAUUCUUCGGAAUUAUCUCAAUCAAAUCCACGAUCCUCAAAAGAAGCGACAACGACAAAAUCGCAAGGGAAAGCCGUGGGAAAGUCCGAGGGUGAGGAUUCGAGGAAAAAAGCAACAGAGCGCCAACGUCAGAGGAAGGAAAAAAAAUUAGCUAGAGCUUUCGAGACCCUUGCUGUACGCUUUGUCAGCACUGCUAAAAAAAUGGGAUAUCUUGAUGAUACUGGCGAGAAUUCCUCGGUUGAUGAUACAGAUGAUUCUGAGCAUUCCACAGACUGUAGCUGUUCGUCAUGCAGCAGCUACUCAAGUACGGAAUGUAGUUGUUCCUCCUCCACUGAUACAUCUUCCAGUUAUUUCACCGAGUAUACUAUCAGCGGAUCCUCCACCAGCAGCCAAUAUUCUGAUUCAAGUGAUUCCACUGACAACGAUUAAAUCACUUAAGUACUGAUUAUCUUAAUUUAAUGAGUUAAUAUUCAAUAUUUCAAAAGAUUUUAGUAAUUAUUUUGUAAUGUAUCCUGAGAUUUUUUUAA